AUUGCAUAGGCGUGGUGCAUCAUGGGAAGACGAUUGUUCGUGAAGUUUGUGAACAUGAAGGGGAAGAAGUAAAUGCCGGAUGGCACCGCUAGAUUAAAAGUGUCGAUCUACUAGUCAUGUCUGGUUGGUGCCUGCCGAGCUCCCCAGCGCUUGCGUCCGAGGACUUCAGCUCGACCCCGCUCAAGUCAGAUGAGCGAAAAAAGGCCGGCGUACCGGAAAACCUGCUGGGCGACGACAUCCUACCAGAGGACGACGACACUUACUCCUUGUUAUCCCCAAUCUAUCAUGAUAGUUAUGAAAGUGAUGAAGAUGCGCUCAGUGCUACUGAGGAACCACCCAGUGCUACUGAGCAACCGCCCAGAUGUGAGCAAGAGAAAACCACCUCAAGUCAGACAGAACCUGAAGCCCUCAGUGCCUGGGAAAUGUGGCUGGUAAACAAAGCAAAAGAAGACCAGCUUAAAAUGAAAAUGAAAACCGAGAAGGCGCGCUUACUCAAGGAACAAAAAGAACACGAAGAAAUGGAACUGAAACAGAAAAAGAUCAUGGAGGAAAUAAAGAUCAGAGACUGGCAACAGCUGAAAAGAGAGCAGGAAAGACAUAAUCAUCUUCUGAAAAUCAGCAAAGGAGAGGAGCUACGGCAUCAACAGGAAAAACAAAGAGAGUUUCAACAGAAAGCCGAACAGAAGUACAAAGAUUGGCUUCAGAAGAAGAAACAAGAGAGAUUAGAAAAGGAAAAGAAGCAAAAAGAGGAAGCAAGCCAGAGAGAGGAGCAGGAGAAAGAGCGGCGAAGGAAAGCAGAGGAGAACUUUAAGGAAUGGCUGACAGAAUCUAACGAGAAAUGCAAACAAAGUCCAAAACCACCUCUUUAUUCAAAUCCCUGCAGCUUCCACCCAGCACCCGGCUUUUACAACCCAAUCCCAUGGAAGCCCAUCCAUACGCCCCCUCCUGAAACAUCCCCCGAAAACACACCAGGCAAACAGAAUCAAAAACAAAGAAGAGGACAUCAAAGCUCAGCAUUUAAAUUCACAAACAGGACAUAUAGAUGACAAAGCUUUGUCCAACUGAAAUGAGAAUCUCAUUGUGACUAGGGGAACACUGACAUUUCCUUCUUGAGCUUGUUUUAAAGGAAGGAUAAACCGAUUGUGGUGCCUUUUUCACUAACUAGCCCAGUUUAUGUAUUUUUUCAAAUCAGAAAUUAAAGUUAGCAUUUUCUAUUUUAUCAAUUCAUUUUUAAGAAAUAAUAAAACAACGAAUGCCUCUAAAA